AAGCCGAGUCUGACCGUUCGAGUUCAUCGGAGUCGUCGAGGUGACAGGAAAAAGGUGAGACACCUUGACACAGCCAUCAAGACCAGGGCACCAUCAAGCGUGACGGGCAAGAGCAUCACCAACUCCCAACAAAUGCCCUUGGCACGCUGGCUGGGAUUGUGGGGUUGGGGCAAACUCCGCGCCGAUCAAGUGGAGUCCGAGGCUUUUUGCGUUAUGGAAAAUAAGCUGCUACCAAUGCUAUGGGGAUCUCACACACAUCGGACUUACCACUCUCUUCGAACGCAAUGGCACGGCAACAGGGUGUACUGCUUAUUGGGACAAGAGUCCGAAGCUUGUUGCGUCUCUUACAGUGAUGCGUCACGAAUGUUCGACCUUCACACUAAAAUGUGGACCUAUCAAUGGAGUCUUUUCAUCGCAUCAACAUUCAGCAUCCAUCAAUAGGCAGGACUCCAGCCUCUAUGACUUCAAACAUUGAACCAGUAGAAGAAAGAGGAAUGAGCAACCUUCAUAUUGAGAUUAUGAGUUGCAAC